GACAGCAGUGCGCAUGCGUCAAGCCCGACAGUGAGUCAAAGAGAGAGCAAGUCGCCAUUACGGUCUCUAUGUCUGUGGCCUCCUUCGUUUGGAUUUGAACAACCGAGGAGGAUAUUUCUGCUCUCUCUCUCUCUGUCUCUCGCCGUUUCCUUGGCGGAGUUAAGAGCCAGCCUGAAAGGAAUAUUCAUAACAAUAAUAAUAACAAGCACAGCAAAUGCAAAGCAUACCACCUCCAAAUCUCAAACACACACACACCUAUCCUCGAGAAAUUAAAAUAAUUGUCCAAGGAAAAUUAUUAUUACGUUAGAAGAAACUGCUCGUUUUUUUUUGUUUAACUAUUAUUAAUAUUAGUAUUGAUAUUAAUUAGUUAUUCCAUCUUGAAGUGAUUGAUUUCUUUAAAAUUUGAUAAAAAGAUCGAGACAUUAUGUCGGGAUUUGACAGUAAUCCGUUUGCAGAUCCGGAGGCUGCUAAUCCAUUUGCGGAUCCCUCCGUCAGACAGGCAACCAGUGGCACCCAAGGCACUUUGGAUGAUUUCAACCCUUUCGCUGAUAAGAACAACACCCAGCCGGUUCCAGCUUCCCGGCCAACCAUUCCUGCUCCUCAACCCUCACAGCCACCAGCAUCACAGCCAGCCAUUAUGACCCCAUCUGAGGAGGCCCCACCAUACUCAGCUGUUGGGGCACAGAAAAUAGAUACUAGUGACCUGCAGCGCAGACAAGAGGAGCUGGAAAGAAAAGCAGCAGAAUUGCAACGGAAAGAGCAAGAGAUGCGCAACAUGCAGCUCCAAGGCAAACAGAACAACUGGCCACCACUGCCUAAAUGGUUCCCUAUUGGACCUUGCUUCUACCAAGAUUUCAGCGUUGAUAUUCCUCUUGAAUUUCAGAAAACUGUAAAAUUUGCUUACUACCUAUGGAUGUUGUAUGUUUUUGUAUUAUUCUUAAAUUUCCUUGGAAGUCUUGCUAAUCUGGUUGCCAGAAGUGAUGGAGCCAAUACAUUCGGAUUUUCUAUACUCUGGUUCUUAUUAUUCACUCCAUGUUCAUUUGUUUGUUGGUACCGACCCCUCUAUAAAGCUUUCAGGAGUGACAGCUCAUUCAAUUUCUUCAUAUUUUUCUUUGUAUUCUUCUUUCAAUUUUGCACAUGUGUCAUCAUGUCUUUGGGAAUUCCAGGUUUCACAGUCGGCUGGUUCAUUUCCCUGUCGGUUUUUGGUAGUCAUCCUGGCUUGGGGGUGUUUCUAACCCUUGUCUCCUUAUGUCUCACUGUUUACACAGCAGCAAACAUCUUAAUGCUUAUUAAGGUACACCGAGUCUACCGUAGUACUGGAGCUAGCUUCCAGAAGGCCCAAGCAGAAUUUGCACAGGGUGUCAUGCGCAAUGAAACUGUCCAGACUGCUGCUGCUAAUGCCGCUGCUGGUGCUGCUCGAGGUGCAGCACAGCAGUAUGGUUCCAAUAAUCGCUACUAAGCCCCUCACUUUCUCAACUAAUGAAGGGAGAGAAAAGAGAACAACUGACUGUCCCCUCCCCUCAUCCCACCAUAGGCCAGAAAAAAAAAAACAAUCUGUGUAAUCUCCCUGUUUUGUUUAUUACAACUAUAUAAUAUUAAUAAUAAUUAUCAUCAUCAUUAUUAUUAUUAUUAUUGUUGUUGUUUGUUAAUGAUUUUUGUUUCAUUAAUUUUGAUUUAAAUUAAACACAAGAAAAAAUAUGCAAAAAAACCCCAAGAAGUAAACCACCUUCUACCCCUGUAUUUUGUCUUAUGUCUAAUCUUGAUAUGCUGUCCUUACCACCACCACCACCUCCUACUUAAUUCUGUAAAUUAAUGACUAGUAUCUUAGCUUAACCUUGUAUAAUAAACAGUAACUAUUAGAACCACAAACUUUCUUGACUGUUAACAACAAUAUUUACUGUAUAUCUCUAUCUUAUCUGUAUAUGUCUGAGUACUAUGUAUAUAUACAUAUAUAUAUAUAUUAUUCAUGUAUGUAUAAAUAUGCAUACAAACACACACACAAACACACACAAAGAUUUUUUUCUCCUCUAGGUAUGUUAUUUAAACAUAAACAGUAAAAUUGGUGAGACACUGUGCAUGGGUGUGUGUGUGUGUGUGUGUGUGUGUGGCAUUACACUCUUACAUUACAAGUAUGUAUCAACAUUUUGUUUUGUAUAAAUAAAAAUUGACUUACAACAUGUGUUAGUGUGCUUGCAUAAAUGUGCGUGAGUGUGUGUUUGUCUGAGUGUAUGAAUGUGUUUACAAAUGCGUAUAUAUAUAUAUAUAUAUAGGAUCAUGCAUACAUGUGUGGGGUAUAUAUGUAUGUAUAUAUAUAUAUAUAUUUACACAUAUACACAUUUGCACACACACGCAUGCAAUAUGCUCGGUUAUGUAUGCUCUGCUUGGAAUUUUAGAAUCCUUGUAUAAGUUUUUAGUCUUGGACACUUGACCAAUUCCUUUCCGUUCCAAUAAAGCAAAUCAUGUAUUUCUUCAUCAGCUCUGAUUCCAGACCAUUCACUGUCAUUUUCAGAAUGAAUUUCAACAAUACUAUUAUUACUACUACUACUAACACCACCACCUAAUGACAUCAUUUUCUCGUUUAUUACUAGAAGGCUACCAAUUACUUUAGGCCUUUGCAUUUGUUUUGUCCCCACCCCCCCAUUAACACACCCAUCUUUUUUUUUUUUUUAGCAUUUGGUUGAUUUCUACCUUUUACUGCUUCUUUCUUAAUAUUAACCCUUAAACAGCAGAUAUCAUAAAUUAAUGUCUCAAAAAUUUUACAGAUACGGCCUUCAUCUAUCAUAAAACGGGAGGUGAAUAUUUAUUGGCCUCUUUCCAUAAUGGGAUUCUAAAUUUUAUUGUGUGAGAGACUAAUAUUACUUAUAGUUUUUGUCCUUAUUUAAAGUGGAGGCAUGUGGCUUAGUGGUUAGGGAUGAUGGACUCAUGGUCGUAGGAUUGUGGUUUCCAUUCCUGGACCGGGCAGCGCGUUGUGUUCUUGAGCAAAACACUUCAUUUCAUGUUGCUCCAGUCCUCUCAGCUUGCAAAAAUGAGUUAUCCUGCGAUGGACCUGUGUCCUAUUCAAGUGGGAUAUAUAUACGCCAGAAAAACAACCCUUAGGAGGAGUUUGGCACAACUUGAGAAGGUAAUUUUUACCUUUAUCUAAAGUGAAAAUAAGUAUAAAGUUUACCCUUCAGAUAAAAAAAAAAGACUUUUUUCUUUGUUUAUUUGACAUCCAACAUUCAUGCAAGUGUUUUCCAUUGUUUAAGGCUUAAAAGCGAUGGUGGGGUAGGUGAGAGGGUAGAAUAUCAUUCUCUAUCCAUUUUUGGUAUUCAGUUAUGUCCCUUUGUAGUGUCAGUAAACUUUAGGGAGGAAUAAGACAAGUACCAAUCCCUGAGAAAUUUGUAGACUUGGUGGCAAUGUUCAAAAGCAACAACAACAAAUGAAAUCCCUUAUUGCAAUGGUUUGUUGUCUGAUUCAGUCAGUUUUGACUUGAUUUCAGGCCUGUUGCACUGAUGUAGCCAAGGUAACUAAGGGUCACUGUUCUCCUUGUUUUCCUCUCCCCUUCCAUCGUCAGAGUAAAGUGUAUGUGUGUGUGUGUACACCAUCAUCAUCAUUGUUUAAUGAAAGAUGGACGUUAAACAAUGAUGGUGUAUAUAAAAAUGUAAUGUAAUGGUGUUGGGUGAAACUCGACUGUCUUGGUGUGUUUAUUGGGCAGACAUUUUAAGAUGGUGCAAAGUUGGUGAAGAUUUUUAAAACUCUUCGGCAAAGUUUAUUUUAGGGAAGAAGUUUGUCUGCCACAUGAUUGGAACAGUGGACUCUAUUGAGACUCCUUCCCUCCCUCUCUCCCACCUCCACCACCACCUCCCUCUCUGUCCUUUGCUGGCUUCACUAACAUGAUGUUACUACCACCACCAGCCAUAAAGGAAUUAUUGUUAUACCAUAUAUUUACUACCACAAUCUCCUACUUUAACCACUUCUGUUAACACUAAUACCAUAAACCCUAACACUACAAUAAUAGCUAUAGUGUUCAGAUCAAUUGUUAAAAUUAAAAGGAAAGGAAACAAUCUUGGAAUGGUUGUAUUCAAGGGAAUGUGUGUGUGUGUGUGUGCACAUUGACACACAGUGAGUGCAUAUACGUCAUACAUAUACACACACACAUGGAUAUGCAGUCUUCCCUCUCAUCUUCAUACAGAAAAACAACAGCAACAAAGAAAGUCUCCAAGAGGAAACAAAUGUAGAAAAACAAGAUACAUAUCAAUAUUUCUAAAACCCCUCCACCACCACCAUAUAUCCAUAUAUCUACAAAUAGAAAACUUUAAAACCCAUUUAUUGAUUCCUCUUUUAUUUACUCCGUUUUUGAUUUGAUAUUUUCGUAAUGGUUGGCUGUUUUAAAACCCAAAUCCAGGGGUCGGGUAAGAAAAAGUACAUGAUGAUACAGAUCCAACUUGAAUCUAAUUAUUCAAUAAAAAGGAGGAAAUUAAAAAUAUUUUAAUGAGCUUCAGUUUUUAAAUUAUUUUCAUCUCUGAGUUUUGAUUCAAGCUUGGAUUUCAAUUUUUAAAAAAUAUUAGUCUUAUAAUUGGUUUCUUCAUAACAAGUCUCUCAAAUUGAUAAAUGUGAAAAAUAUGGGGGGGAAAAAAAACCCCAGCAAAGCUUCAAUUGAAGUUCAUGUCUUCAAUCCAGGCUGUCACCUGUGUGUGUGUGUGUGUGUGUACACAUUGUGAUUGUGCUUUGACUUGACAAGCACAAUUGCUCCGAAUAAUGAAAACAAUUAUACACGCAUAUACAUACAACCACCAAAGUGUAUGAGGAUAUAUAUAUGGCCGUAUGCAUGUAUCCAAAAAUUAAUAGGCGCUGAACUGCAUAUGAUUUGCACAAAGUAUUCAGUAAUGAGGAGAGUAUUGAAUGUGAUGUACUUGGUUUCUCACUGCAACCAAAGCAGUUCAUAAUAGUAAUUAUGGUAGCUUUGAAUGUCUCACACUGAAAUAUGUAAACAGAACAGCAAUAAAAGUUGGUUUGGUUUGAAGCAUUGUAGUUUUGGCCUCUCGCUGCACAUUGUGUGUGUGUAUGGGAGAUUGAAAUCGAACCUAUUUUAAUGAAAGAAAAAACUCAGAUCACUUUCUUAGAAGUGGAUGGUGGGGUAGAGUUUACAAGCAUUUGAAAGCAGAUGCUGGGUCCAAUCGUUUUUGCUGUAUUUUUUAAUGAAAAUCUUUUAUGCUUUCAUCUUUGUCACCUUCUUGCGUUGAUCAACAGAAUUGAGAAGUCUCUCUCUCUCUGUACAGAUACAAAACACAAAUCCCCAUGGUAAAUGUUGUAUAAUGUAUGUUGGGUAGUGUGACUUUUAUUUGAGGGGGUGGGGAGUGGACCAGAAAAGACGGACAAGGGCUACCACUAAAACAAAAAAAAAAAAAAUUAAUGAAUAGUUUGGCUUUCAUGUUUUGUCUUCAUUUCUGUUUUGCUUCAUAGGUUGAUUUCCUAAUCAGUCUGAUUGAUUAAACCAGUCAACUAACGAUCAGAGAUCAAUCAACCCUUCCACAUUUUGAAAUCUAAUCCACAUCAGGUGCAAAUGAUGGGGUUUCAUAUGGUGAAACGUACACCCAUUUUCUUUAUCCGUCAUCAUUAUCAUGAUUAUUAUUAUUAUUAUAAGGGUGUGAUGGUGGACAGACAGGAACUGUAGAACACCAAAUUACGUGUCUAAUGAUAUUUAGCAUCUUGCUGCUGUUCUAAUCUCGCUGAAGUCAAUUUGGCCUUUCGUCCUUCUUUCUGGGUAAAUAAAAACGGUACCAGUAAUAUACUGGAGUUGA